AUGAGUCUAGUCGCCCAUCGCCGCAUCGCUGAGAUCCUGAAGCCGCCGAACCCGGCGUUUCGGAAGAUCCUCGAUGAGGCCGUGUCGGUGCGGCAAGCGCGGCUCCAGCGGCCCAAGGACAAAUUGCUGAUCUUCCCAGCUGACAUUCGGCCCAUCAAGGGCCAGCUGGAGUUCCUCUCGGGGCUUCUCUUUGAGGGAGCGCGGCGGCCCUCGGCGGUGCAGCGCCUGCCGGGGCGCGGCCUCACCAUCGUGGUGGCAGGGGGCUGUGAUGGGAACCAGACCUACUGCUCAGAGGUGGUCGCCAUGACGCAGAAGAUCAACAAUGAGAAGCUGCUGAGUGUGGUGGUGGCAGACCAGUUGAAGGACGACGAGCUCGCGCAGCUCUUUACAGCUUCGCUGGGCGUGGUGCUGCAUCCCAUCAUCGACUGCAAUCCUCGUGUGGUCUAUGAGGGACUUGUCACCGACACGCCCUUCUUCGUCACCGAGAGUGCACGCUUGCCCUCCUCAGUGCAACAUCUAGGCCACAUCACCGAUGGUGACUCCUCCAUGGUGGCUGAGAGGCUUGCUGAUUUCGUGGAUCUCUGCGAGGCGGGCGGCUUCAGCGGCCGUGCCCGGGAGUUCGCGCGGCGGCACCUGACGGAGCCGGAGAACUACCGGCAGAUGGCGCAGUGGAUGGAGCAGAAGUACGUAUCCGGCAAGGUGUCUGAGCCCAUCAUCCGCGGGGAGGAAGCCUUGGGCGGCCUCGGCGGUGGCGUGGGCGGCCUGGCUGGCAUCCUCCAAGGCGCCGGCCUCGGUGGCGGCGGCGGCCUGGGCGCCACGCUCGGCGCCAUGGGCGGCGCCAUGGGCGGCGCCAUGGGCGCAGGAGCUGGAGCUGCGGGGACAGGACCUGCUGGCUUCACCAUGCGGGAGCCCCAUGCGCCGGUAGGCGUGAUGCGAUAG